GCAGGAAGCAGCUGCGCCGCAUCACUGCCUCACUUCCGCCAAACAAGAAGAACUUUCUUCUUCUACGGUCUGAUCGUAAACAGCAGCAUGUCGACAGACGGAGAAAUAAACCAGGAAACCGGCAAACUGGAGUUCUCUCUGGAUGUUCCGUUCCCGUCGUCCUCUGAAGCGUCCAUCGCUCUGCGGUCGCUGUCUCCAGACCGAGAGCCCAGGAGAGGAGGAAUCAGCAAACGGCUGGCGGUGACAGGAAACACUCUGUCUGUGCGGUGGAGCGCUGACGAGGCUCGGAUCCUGCGGGUGUCGGUGAACUCGUUCCUGGAUCAUCUGUCGCUGGUUCUGGAGACCAUGGAGACGUUCGGACCGCCGGUCCACUCGGGAAUCUGACUCGUCUUCAGGUGCGACUUUUGGAGGAAACUUUCUGAAACUUUGAGGAUUUUUUUUAAGGAACUCUGAGCAGCUUUGACUCUAAAACCGGAUUAUUAAAGUGAAACUAAAAGACCGAG